CUACACUACAGACAGUCAAAUUUUGUUUGGUAAAGACGCUUUACCGAUCAUCUGCGAAGAAGAAACACAACUCUAGACUGAUAGUCUAGUAUCUUUGGGCCGUAGCGUGUUUGGUCACUGCACUAGGCAGCAUACCCUUGUCCCAGACUGACCAGAGAGAAAGUAGACCUGUUGCGUAUCAUCGACUCGAGAAAUCAUUGUCUGCUCGUGUGUCUGUCGGUGACUAAGGAGGUUUGGACGAUAACGUAACAUCGUUGCGUUGUUUUCUCACGAGUCAGGGUGAUGUGUUGAUGAUAAGCCACUAGUGUGACUUGUGCUGGAAAACCGAAGCUGCACUGUAUCUGCAGCUAUCCAGUAUUUACGAACAAUGCCGUUUGACUUCUGGGAUGAUGUUGUGCUGCCAGCAUGGCAUGACAUAGCUCAAUGCCAGAUUACACAUGAAGCGCUCAAGAAUGCUGUCAUGGCAAUUGAUGAACAUCAUCCACGUAUCAGCAGAGAUCCCAUGCUGAUAAAAUCUCUGAUGGUUUGGAAGGACCAUUUCACCUUCGCAAGGAGUUCAGAAAAUGACCGGUUAGCUGUCUAUGUUGGCUUGGUGAUUACCUACAAGAGAGGACGAUCAGGUGUCCAAAACCUCAUUCAAGCCAUCCAGUCUUCAUCUUUCCCGUCCAAUGUUGCUGUUGGUGGAUUGCUGGAGAGGAUUUGGAAAGCUCGCAAGAAUGAUCAUCCUGAUGAAGAUGUCACGGAUCCACAUUUUUUCACAAGGGUUUGCAAGAGCAACUUACCACGCAUCAUCAGCAGCCUAUCGACUGUACCAGAUAUAGUGCUCACUGAACUAUUCGAACAAGUCAGCCUGGAUGAAGUGGGCAUCGGCAAUUAUCGAACAGCAUUGGAGAUGGCUGGUCAUGUGCGCGAUCUUCCACUUUGCUGUCAAUCGGCAAUUGGGGCGUCUUUACUGUACCCAGUGUACUGCUUUCUGUUUCUCUUUUAUUACUUGCACCGCCCUGAGCUCACUCAACGACUGGGACAAGAAUUCCGGAUCAGGAUCGACCGUGAGGCAGGAUGUGAUGGGAGUAGUCUUGUCCAACUGUUGAAUUGGGCUAUUGAUUCACAGAGCGAUGAAGGUACCGUGAUAUCAGUGGUGAAUGAUGAAGAUGUGAUUGCAGUGAGAGAAGGACCGGGAGAUGCUGUUGAAGCUGAUAAUGGCCAGUACGCAGCAGCUCUAAGUGAACUGAUCAAGGAAGGUGUCCAGCUGAUACCGUACGGACGCCUGAUAAUAUGCGGGCCGGGCCGCACAGGAAAGAGCAGCUUUCUACGGUCCCUCCUGCGUCAAGCGUUCAUGUCCCAAGUCGACAGCACAAUAGGUGUGGAGCUGGAGAAGGUGAUCUGCACCAUCGAGAAACAAGGGUUACAGUAUGUGUGGAAGCAAGCUGAAGAUUCUUACCAGCAGCAGUUGGCCCUGACACACAGAGCUGUUGGACAAGAGCAAAGGAAGAAAGAGAUAAUAGCAGCACUGAGACAACAAGGUUUGGAGAUCCCACAGAACACCAGUUCCACAUCUUCCAUGCCGUCAACUCCUGCAACAUCACCAUCCGCUGUGAUUGAGACUGGGCUAGCAAAAACAGCCAGUGUGAGUGAAUCUGCUAUCAGCCAACGCGAUGAAGCCACCCACACCGAGUACUGUGCUCAAUCGGCUACCAGUUCAUCUGAAACCAUGGACUCUCAGAAUGUUUCCACUGCAUCCAAGCCGGAGGAGGUCUCAACCAUGAGUGGACAACAGAUAGCAACAGCAGAGCAAGAUGUGCAGCAGCUACAGAAAGAAAUCAACUCAGCCACGCAGAAGUUUGAAGGCUUCAUUGAAGAUCUGAAGAAAGGCAAAAGUGAAGUUUUCACUGCAGAGCAUCUGAAAAACCUGACAUUCAUAGAUGUCUGGGACUUUGCUGGUCAGAAGCUGUUUGCAGCGAUCCAACACAUGGUCCUGGCCUGUGAUCGAUGUGCAUAUGCUGUUGUGUUCGACGCCUCAAAAGAGCUCCAGGCCAGAGCGAAGCCGACGUUUGGUGUAGACGGUGAGGAACUGCCGCUUUCCAACAGCCUGGAGCAGACCAACUUCGACGUCAUGGAGACAUGGUUCAACGCUAUCCACGAGGUCAUUGGAGACAGCGACAACGUACCCGUGUUUGCCAUUGGCACACAUGUGGACAAGUUAACAAAGAAGCCAGAAGCAAGGAAGAAGGCAAUUGAAGAGACUGAGCAGUAUAUCUGGGCCAAUGCGGAGGGUAAAGCUUAUGCUAACAACAUCGACAAGGUAGUAUUUGUGGACAACACACGAGCUGGCAAAGAUCCGGAAGACCCAGCAGUUGUUCAGCUACGUCACGACAUCAUCCAGCAGCUGCAGCAUCAGUUCAAUGUUCCAAUACCACUUCGUUGGCUUCCUGUAACCAUCUCCAUUGGGCACAUUGCAAAAUCAUUCGAACGACCAUGGUUAUCUGUUGACGAGCUACGUCGCUUGGCCAUUGCUGUUGGUAGCAUCUCCAGUGAGGAUCCGGAGUCCGAUUUCCAGGAGAUGGUGAAGUUCCACCAUGGUCUUGGUCAUUUGCUUCACUUUGUUCACAAUGCCCGUCUUCGUGAUCGUGUCAUCAUCGACAUCCACUGGGUUCUGAAAACCAUGUCACUUCUCUUUUGUCCUGAACCGAAGAGUAUGCAGAGCAAGCGUCUGCGUCCACAGUACGACUUGCUGACACAGAAUGGCAUCCUCCUGGAAAGCCUUGCCAUCCACCGCUGGUCACAGCACAAUCGUAUGACAUCGCGCUACACGGCCACAGAAGAACAGCGUGAUUUCCUGUUUGAGAUGGGUGAACACUUUGCCCUGUUCUACAACACCAAGACAACUGUGAGCGUGCCUGGUCAGAGGAAGGAGGUGACGACUCGCAAGUUCUUUGUGCCAGCUCUGGUGGAGCGAGUUGCACGUCUUCAAGAUGAAGCGAGCAAAGGCAAGCCAAGUCCAGCUAUGUACCUGUACAGUGGUGCAGAUCGUUACUUUCCACAAACCCUGUUCUGGUGUGGUGUUGUGAGGUGUAUGCAACGCUACAGUCCAAAGGUGGAUCCAAUCCUCUAUCACACGUCAGCACGUAUUCUGGCGAAGGAUCGCUUCUGGCUGGUCAUGCAGUAUUUCCAGCAUGGCAUUCGCCUGUCACUUGAGAUUCCUGUCGCAGCUGGCACAGCUAAGUCUUCUACUACCAAUGCUGGUACUCGCACGGAUAAGUCAGUUGGCUCUGCUGGCGUUGGUACUGCAGCAAGCAAGGAUGAGUCGGCUGCAGUCAAGAUUUGUCACGAGCUUCUACCGUACCUGGAGUCGGAGCUUGACAAGCUGAAGGCAUUCUCCCUGACUCACGUGAAGUUUGGCAGGGCUAUUCGCUGUCCAUGCUCGUUCAGCCGAGAUGCGUGUCGCAAACACAAGCAGAAGUCUUGUGAGGAGAUUGGGUGUCAACACUUUGCUCCAUUGGUGGAGGGAUCGCGUCCACGUUGUCCUAGUGGAUCACGUCCAGAAGUGGAUAUCAGUGAUGUACGGCAAUACUGGCCAUGCUUUGCCGAAGACACACAGACCCCAGAGCUUGCUGAUCCUGAGAAACCAAUGCCAGAAAAGCCAAUGACAGUAGUGGAGCCCGCAGUCAAGGACAGUGAAGUUGCAGCAACUGCCCAGAAGCCCGCUGUGUCAAAGAGAGCUACAGCCUACCAGCAAGUACUGUGCAAGCAUUAUGCUGCAAUACAGAGUACCUUAGCUAUCAAUGUGAUGGACUGUGUCAAGAGUUUGCGUGCGGAGGGUCACCUCAGUACGGAUAUUGUCAUGGAAACCAGAACCCUACUGAAAUCAGCAGGGCAAGAUGAGACUCUAGAUCACAUGUGCGCUCUUCUGGAGAAGCUCUCCGAUUACGGAAUGUGCUUCUUUGUGGAGGAUAUCCUGCCGUCGCAAGGUCUGUCACAGCUCGUGGAGACAUUCCGUGUGUGUCCUGGUCCUGGAAAGUGUUCACUACAUCGCAAUGACCUGCAUCCUGUAUCAGUGUGUUCCAGUGACAAGACACUGUCCAUGCAGACUAGUGUUGAUGCCUCCCAGACUGGUAAUGUCAAGAGUAGUCAACUUGAGACUGGGAUGUCUGAGCUUCACCAGGAAGUGCUGCGUUCAAGCUAUGUGGAAUUGAAGUGCAGUUUGGACGUAGAAGAGGGCAUUCUGGACUGUCUCUAUGCAGAGAGCAUCAUUACCCAACGCUUCUGCAAGAAACUCCGUGCUAUGGAUGAUCGUGAAGACCAGGCAUCUGUCCUCUUGGAAGCACUGCCAGGCUGUGGCAAACAGGCUUUUCGCCAGUUUGUGUCCGCUCUGAAAGAGAGUGAGAAGUUGGCUCACCAGGAGCUAGCUGAUCUACUGAAGAAGAAGCUGCUGGAAGUUUCCGGUCUGUCUUGAAGUGGCUGCCACAGCAGCCAUGAACUUCCAAGUACCUGCAAAGAGUUUGUCAGAGUGGCGUUUGGAGACACCGCUGAACGGUCGCGUGGGUUCAAUCCAAUAUUUUUCGGGUCUGCCGAAGUUUUCUACAGUUGUGUGUCUUUUAGUCUCGCCGUCUUGAUAUCUUUGCUGGCAUUCCAGCUGGCUGAGGUAUGCUUGAACAAAUUUUGUAUAUUUUCCUUAGAAACAGUACUCAGUGAGAUGCUUCGCAAUGCAAGCUUGUAAUUGUAUAUAGUAAAAUCCACGCUGAACUGCAGUGCUAGUCGAUGCUACGUGUCUAUAUCCAAUGCUUCGGUAUCACUAUGUUUUAAGCACGGAGACUAGUCCCCUUCGAGAUGAAUUCCAGGUCACUGAGUUACUCUGAAGAGCCUAUUGAUCAAACAACUAAUGCUGUUUGCAGAUAUGUGUCUAUGGAGGUGGAAGCAAAUUUUCAUAUUUUCCGCAUAUUGCCACGAAGAUUCUAUUUCCAUAGGUUCAAAUUUACAAGUAUGCUGCGCAAAUUUACAAGUUUACUAUACGUUUUAAGUUUCACAACCGGUGGACUAUGUUUCAAGCUUAGUCGGUGAUUUGCACUUGCUGUCCAGUGCAUUGCCUUCCUGACCACAGCGUCAGAAAAGAACGUGCCUGAAAGAAUGUUCACGCCCGAAAGUUGCAUUGCCUGAGAAUCAUGCAUGGCGAGAGGUACUCAGAUUGCAAGUUUGUUUGUACAAACUUGAGCGUUGUCAUGGCCCCGCACUGGUUGUGGCAUACGUGUAAUACUUUGUAGCUCUAUAUUAUCCUCAUGAAAACUGGUUACAGAAUUUUAGAGUGACUUAAUAGUGUAUGGAGAUGAUGACUAGUAGCUCACAAUUAUGUAAUUCAUGUUGGACCAUGA